CUUCCAGCUUUAGUGAUCAGCUAAGAUCGAUCGAGUGCUCCCCUCUCCCCACCACCAUCUUCUUCCUCCCGCUGUCUCCUCUUCCUCCAUCCCUCCAUAUAUACCCACCGCGAUCCUGCGACCUUCCACCGUGAGCUACCCUUCUACUUUCCUCGGAGCAAGCAUAAUAUACAUGUGAUCUUCGGCCACAACUCCACCAAUACCGAGAUGCUGUGUGUGCGGAUGACGCCGCUGGUUGCGCGAAGCAUCGGGUGCUCCGUUGGGGUGGCGCGAGCUGUGUGAGUGUGAGCGUGCGUGCACGGAAGGAUGUGCUUCGGCUGCCGUGUCCUCGCCGAGCUCUCGUCGUGAGGGUAUAUCAACAAGGCUACGUGAUCGACCGAUCGAUCGAUCCUCCUGCUGUUUCUUGGUUUCUUGGUCGAUCGGCGGCAUGUGGGGCGACGUGGUGUCGGUGGUCCGGCAGGGCCUGCGGUGGCGGCGACGGAGGGGGAGGAGGACGACGGCUCGGGUGGUGGACGAGAGCGCGCUCGACGCCGUCGUCGCCGCGGAGGACGGCGGUGCCGCGCCUGGCGCCACCGUGGCGCCGAGCGUGGCCGGCGCGCUGGCCAGGGCGCUGCUGGCGCUCGCGUGCGCCGUCCGCUUCGACGGCGACGGCGUGUCCACGGAGGAGGCCUGGGCGGCCAGCGCGUGGCGGCCGCGCGCCGACGAGGUCAGCCACCUCAUGGUGCGCGAGAGCAUGCGCUACGCCAUCUACGCGUAGCCAUACCCAGGAGGACCUACAGGCAGAGUAGGACUGUACGUACGUAUGUGUGGAUGUGUGGAUGGUGUACGUGCAUAGAUAGAUAUCUAUACGAUGUUGGGUACUAGAUUGAUGUAUAGAGUAUUGUAUCUUCGAUGUACUUGUUCCGUUUCAACAACAACAACAAGAUCACAGCUACAUGUGUCCUGGUAAGUGGGCUGGCGUGCUUAUAUGUAUACAAUUCUUGGUUAAUCUGAGAGAUCACUCUAGUUUAAUAUCAA